UUCCGCGCGGCCGCCGGUUCCGUCUGCUGCACACCCCGGGACGGAGAAGGCGCAGGGCCCCCGCCGGCCGGAAAAACCCCGUUGGGGGCUAUGCUUCUGUGAACGACAGACAGCUGUGAGCAUGUCGGCCCUGAACUGGAAACCCUUCGUGUACGGAGGCCUGGCCUCGAUCACGGCGGAGUGCGGUACCUUUCCAAUCGAUUUAACCAAGACACGGCUCCAGAUUCAAGGCCAGAAGAACGAUGCAAACUUUAAAGAAAUCAGAUAUCGAGGAAUGUUGCACGCAUUAGUGAGGAUAGGCAGAGAGGAAGGCCUGAAAGCGCUGUAUUCGGGGAUCGCCCCGGCGAUGUUACGCCAGGCUUCCUAUGGCACCAUCAAGAUAGGCACCUACCAGAGCUUGAAGCGGUUAUUUGUUGAGCGUCCAGAAGAUGAAACCCUUCUGAUAAAUGUGGUCUGUGGGAUUCUCUCUGGAGUCAUAUCCUCAAGCAUUGCUAAUCCAACGGAUGUUUUGAAGAUACGGAUGCAAGCCCAAAGCAGCACCCUUCAAGGAGGAAUGAUAGGCAACUUCAUUAACAUUUACCAGCAAGAGGGGACGAGAGGACUGUGGAAGGGUGUGUCCCUUACCGCUCAGAGGGCUGCUAUUGUGGUCGGCGUGGAGCUGCCAGUCUAUGACCUCACCAAGAAGCAUCUGAUUCUCUCAGGCCUGAUGGGAGACACGGUGUACACCCAUUUCCUCUCAAGCUUCACCUGUGGGCUGGCGGGAGCCCUGGCCUCCAACCCUGUGGACGUGGUAAGAACGCGUAUGAUGAACCAGAGAGUGCUCCGAGAUGGCAAAUGCCCUGGCUACACAGGCACCCUGGAUUGCCUGCUACAGACAUGGAAGAAUGAAGGGUUUUUUGCUCUAUAUAAAGGGUUUUGGCCAAAUUGGUUGAGACUUGGUCCUUGGAAUAUUAUCUUCUUUGUGACCUAUGAGCAGCUGAAGAAACUGGAUUUGUGACAAGUCAAGAUUGCAUGAAACAUCCUCUGAAAACGCUCACUUCUGAAAUAGCGAAGCUUCCUGUCUUUCCCACUGCUUCUCACUGCUUGGCCCGCCACAGAUUAAGGUGUGAGCAACAGGUGAGGGCUGGGUUAGCUCGGAUCACUGUGUCCCGGCAUUGGACACCCUGCACCAAACGUUUAACGGCCUCGACUGUAACACCAGACACUAGUCCUUACCAUUCAAGUGCCCUUCGACAUCAAAGAUAACAGGAAAUGCAUGUUUCUUGCUAAAGAAAACUUGCAUGAAGGUCAGGAACUGUGGACUGUUUCCUUCAGGUGAAGAGUAACUCCUGCUGCACCUCAGCUCAUAGCCAAGAAUCCCAGACUGUUCUGAAGAAGCUCUUUGGAACCGUGGGAUAGAACGUCUGAGACGGUGUUACGUUCCUGAGCUUUUGGGGGGCUUUGGCUUCGUGUCUGCUGAAGAAAUUCACACAUGGAGACCUGGUGUACCCCAAGUAUAAACAGGGCAGGAUAGAGAUCCCUGGAACAUUGCACUGCUUUGUAAUUUCCUAUUUUGGCAGGAUCUUUCACUUAUAAUAAGUGAUUUGUAGGCCUUUGAGCACUGGACCUUUGUGAGGAAUUGUUACAAAGUAUUACCAUCUAAACUCUUGAUGGUGUGAGAGAUUGGCUUGGAAGGUAGCAAAGUCUGUGUUGUGGGAGGUGUGUUUAAGCAACUUGGGUUCUGUCCUAGGUAAUGGUAGUACUGGGUUGGCCAAAACGUUUGUUCAGGUUGUAAGAGCGUGGGGAGAAUCCGAACGAACUUUUUGGCCAAGUCAAUAAUUUGUGAUAUUAGCAAAGUUUCCAUCUCCCAGUCUGUACAAUGGGGAUAAUAACAUCUAUUGAUACUGAGCGUCAGGUGAAGAAAACAGUAGCUCCCACUACUGGACUUGUAGGAUACGUGUCUUUACAUCAUGGUGUCAUAUAGCCAUAAUUCCAGGAUAAAUAGUUGCUGUGUGUGAAGAGAGUCAUUUUAUCAGGGACUACUCCCAAGUGAGGUCCUGUGAUAAAACUCUUGUGAAAGAAAGAGGCUAACGUUCUGUUAAAUUUCCUUUAGUGAAAUGUGGCAAGUUAAUUGAAGAGUUGAUUUUUUCAGAUUUCCUGGGUUUUACUUUAGUCCUGGUCACGUUUGUUAAAAUAUUUCCUGUCUUGGACUUCCUUAUCAGUUUGGGUAGAAAAUCCUUGCUUGAAAUUUGAAAAGCAGUAUUUUUGUAUACCUAGAGUCUGAUAAGAGGUAUAUAAUAGCUUCCUUCUUUUCUUCUAAAGACAGGAUAUCAUUCUUCUUUCUCGUCUUUAUCUUACUCUUUUCAAAAUAAAAAGUGACUCUGAGAGAGUCCCAGGACCUUUGUACUUUGAGAAGACAUCCCUAGGAAAGAAAAUGUAUUCACUUGGGUAACUUUGGUUCUACCCUUAGAGUGUGCUCAGUCGUGUCCGACUCUGUGCGACCCCAUGAACUGUAGCCCGCCAGGCUCCUCUGUCCAUGGGAUUCUCCAGGCAAGAGUACUGGAGUGGGGUGCCAUGUCCUCCUCCGGGGGAUCCCCCCUGACCCAGGAUCGAAGCUGUGUCUCCUGUGUUGGCAGGCGGAUUCUUCCUGCUGCGACACCUGGGAAGCCCUGUGAGAGUAACAGUAAAUAUGUCCUCACUGGGGCUCCAGAACAGUCACCUUGCGGUAUAUGCAGGUUCCCAGUCCGUCCAGCCCCUGGACUGCUUCCUCCUUCGAAGCAGAACAGAAGGCACACAGAUUUUUCUUGGCAUUGGGCAGUUUUUCUCCCGGUCUCUCUCACCUUGCCUUCUAUAUUAAUGCUGGCUUUGAAAAUAAGAUUUUGUGAAGCAGGAUUUCUGUUCCAAAAGGAAGAGCUAAGGCAAGAAAGGAGGCGGUCAGAGGAGCAGGUAGGUAUUGAUUGCUUCAAGAUUCAGAUGGAAGUCUAGUUUUCGCUGACCAGCUCCGGAUGUGAUACUAGAGAGCUGAGCCCCUUCAGGCCUCGUCCCUCGUACUAAACCAUAUCUUUAGAGAGGAGACUUCUCUUCUUACCAGAACAUUCCAUUGGUGUAAGGGCUUUCUAUAGACAGGCUUUCACUUUUGGGUUCCUUGAAUUUAAAGGAUGACUUUUUAUGAACCAUUCUUUGUUUUUCUCCCUUAAUGUAGAAAACAUUGUGUAUACAUAUAAUUCUUAAAACAGUAGAAGUGAGUUCAUUUUGAAGACCAUGAAAAGAUUGAAUGUCAUGUAAUAUUCAUUAUAUCAGUUUAUUCAAAUAUGUACAUGUUCAUACCAGGAUGAAAAGAAAACCAAACCCCUCUAUAAAAGGUAAGCACAUUUUAAAGACAAAAAUUUUGUAUUUCUUCAGUGCAGAGUUAUUAUAAAUACCUUAUAGAACAGAGUCUUAACCUGUUUUGAUUUUUUUUUUCCUAUUCCCUGAAAGAGUUAUGCAGUUGUUGAAGCUUCUAACCAAGGAAGAACUUCAAGGACUGGGAGACUUGGUCCCCUUGUCUCUGGGGCUGUGACUAUAAGUUCCCUCCCUGCACCCCCUUGGGCAUUGUUAAAUGUAGCAAAGGGAUUUUUAGCUUUUAUAACCCAAAUGAAGAAAGUGGAUUUUUUGUUUGUUUGUUUGCUUGUGGAUUUGUGUAAUCGCUGAUGGCUAAGUUGGGCUGAUUGUGAUAUAAAGAACGGCUUCUGUUUUCUGUAUUUAUUCAUGCACCAGAAAUUGUGUAUAUUAUUAUAUAAAGACUAUAAAAGUUUUCAUAAGCCUUUAUAUUUUGAGCUCUUUAUUUAAACAUUGUUGGAAAA